AUGUUGCCUCAGAAGCAAGCAGAGGAAGCUAUUGUCUCGAACUUCAAUGAGACUGAACAUGAAGGGAAGGAGGAAGAGAAGGAAGAAGAACAGUCAGUGUUCAGUGUCAAGAGCCUCCUCUGGCAUGGAGGCUCUGUUUGGGACGCUUGGUUUAGCUGUGCUUCAAAUCAAGUAGCCCAAGUGCUUUUGACACUGCCAUACUCUUUCUCUCAGCUGGGAAUAAGCAGAAAAGAGAAGGAGAAUGUUAACUUCAAGAACCAUGUUAUUCAGUGGUUUGAAGUGCUUGAUGGGCUAUUGGGUCCUUACUGGAAAGCAGUGGGUCUAGCUUUCAACUGUACUUUCCUUCUCUUCGGAUCUGUGAUACAACUAAUAGCUUGUGCAAGUAAUAUAUACUACAUUAAUGAUCGGCUGGAUAAGAGGACAUGGACAUAUAUAUUUGGAGCUUGCUGUGCAACUACUGUGUUCAUACCCUCCUUCCACAACUACCGGAUUUGGUCUUUUCUAGGCCUUGGAAUGACAACGUACACAGCCUGGUACAUGACCGUAGCAGCUCUGGUUCAUGGCCAGCUACCUCAUUUUGUUGUGGGGUGCCACUCCAUGAAGUGCGAUGGAGCAAGUC